UGAGCCUCAUGGGGCUGCAAAGUUUCCUGGCUCCUUGUACGACGGCCGACGGGAGUGACCAUUGGUGGUUGUGGUGGCAAGUUUCGAUGGGUCGUUCUAGGGCGCUCGUCGGUGCUGUGUCGGCGUCGAUCCGUGGUAUGCGGCGCUUCCGGGGUCGAGCGGGGGACAUCGACCCUCAUACGGUGAGGGGUAGGAGGCCACGACCGAUGUGGCGAGGAACGGGAUUGAAGUCGUGAUGCGCAGUGGUGGAGGAACCAUCAUGCCAAGUACCCGAGGAUGUGGGGGGUUCGUUGAAGAAGUUUGGGCGGGGAUCAUAGUAUGGUGGGCGAGGAUCAUAGUAUGGUGGGCGGGGAUCGUGGUAUGAGAUCGGUUGGGGAUCAUAUGGAGAUUGAUGGUAGCUCUAAGGGGAUUGAUGGUAGCUCGGGCGGGGAUCAUGGUAUGAGCUCAGGAAUUGCUCAUGAUGGUAGGUCGGGCGGGGAUCUUGGGAGUGGCUCGGGCGGGGAUCUUGGGGGGGGGGGGGGUCUUGGGACAAACUCGGGCAGGGAUCUUGGGAUUGACUCGGAUGGGGAUCUUGAUGUGAGAUCGGACCGCCACCGUGUGCCACAACCAAGGGGGUCGGCACUCUCCACGCCUCCAAUGGCUUUAUCUCGGGCUCAUGUGGUCUUUCCCGAACCUUCUUGCUUUUUUUUCUCUCGUAUGGUGGUGGGGGAUGGGGAACAUCAACUUGUAUCGGAGGUGGCACCGGUGCGGGCAUGGGUGGGUAUCUACGAUGAUCACGACCAUGUGCUCUGAUACAACCAAGCAAACUGUUUGUCAUCCUCCUGAUGAAGCUCACAUCUUCAUGUCCCAUUUCAUGUUUCCGAUGGGUCAACGCUUUGAUCCGCUCGAUCCCAUCAACCUAAAUCACAAAAAAAGGUUAGCAAGAUAAGACUAAUGAUGUGACAGAAUGAAACAAGCAAUAAAUUUAAUCUUAUUAGACAGAAUAUACUUACCAAUGCACCAUCGGCCGCACCCUCCGGAGUCACGUACCGAACCGAUGUUUGCGGAUAUCUAUCCAUGUAUGGGUCAUGAUACCCCAUUCGACCCACACUUGUUGGAGUGACAAUAUCCUGAAGUUGUCGCUUCUCCCAUACCGCGAUCAAUUCCGCCAAUUUCGUGGGCCAAUCGUGAGUACCUUGCCGACUAUCUCGGUGGUGAAACGCCCUUUGACUCUCGGGGACUUCCUACGGAAUGCACUGCUCCCGACCAAACUGACGAAGGCAUCGAUCCGGCAGGUUCCACUCCACGGUCCCUAAACAAAUGAGAGGGACCCUCGUGCACCAUGUCCCGAUAUUCUCGGGUAAUUGCAGUAAAUACCAAUCAACGAUGUUUGCCGGGUAUGGAUCGAAUUUGAUCUACAAAAAAAAUUAGUAACUCAAGUUAAAUCCGAUUGGAUAAAUACAUGUACUCCAUGAAAAAAGUUAUAGCACUUAGAAGUAUUCUAGUUACCUCUCCUUCCCAAAGUCGCUCUAGCCUCCUCCGAUACUCUACCAACUUGUGUUGGGCAAGGUUGUCGCAUGUUGAGGCUUCAACCCACCUUAUUAAUAAGAUGAUAAGAAAAAUACACUCAAUUAAAAUAAGCUAAAACAUAAGGAAAAUUGUGUUAUUAAAAUCAUGAUGGGGUAUGAGAAAUUUACCUACAACCAUAAGCUUCGAGUCUUAGGGGAUGAUCGGGACCCCAAUUUCUGACGGGACAUUGGAGCGGUGCAAUCCAUGGGAGAAGAUCACAAGCCCAAAACUGGACGAUGAACAUUGCGCCGCUGACCUCCCUCACAGCUUUGAGAGAUGCGUUGCACAAAUGGUGGUAGAUAGCUAGGCAAGCGGAUGCCCAGCUCAACUCCCCCAUCUCAUCCCAACUACCAAGGAGGAUCCUAAGCCAUCCAAAGCUAAUUAAAUUGCUCGAUUUUUUGGAGAAGAACACUCCUCCUAUCACGCCUAUGAGAUAGACACGAGCAUAUCUUUCCUUCUCCAGCUCCGGACUUUCCUCGGUUAGGGGCACCCCAUCUUUUUUCAAGAUAGUGAUGGUCCCUAAAAUACUUUGUCAACCAAGUGAUUGAUACUUGGCCUUUCCUCAAUGGUGUCAAGCAAUCCGUCGCAUCAACGCUCCCCUUGGUUGGUACUUUCACCCCCAAAACACCGUGGAUGAAAUACUGUCAACCGAUCAUACUGUCACGAUCCUCGGGGGGAUUAUCACUCACACACACUCGCUUUGCCGUCGAUGGGCAAAUGAGUUAGGAUGGCGACGUCCUUGAGUGUGAUGGUGCACUCUCCUUCGCGAAAGUUGAAACAAUGUGUCUCCUUCCUCCAUCUCUCCACCAAUGCGGUGAUGAGUUGGCGAUUGACUUUUAUGCCUACAAAAUGCCUAAUAGACUCCAACCGUGCCCUUUUGAGAUAGGGCAAGAUAACUGGGUUCCAUGGGAGCACAUUGGUCGUACCCCUGUAGCGGAGUAUUUGUUGUGCCUCCUAGCAAAAAUUUCAACGUUAUUUAUGAUAUAUUAGUAACAUUUUAGUCUUAUAACUAAAUAAAUUAAAAUUAAUGAU